UCUUCCCGACUUUGGACGAUGCAGGUGUCUCGAGUCGCAGUCACCAUGAACGCCGCAGUCGCCGUCCUUCCACGGCCUUUUUAAGACUGGCUAGAGUCUUGUUCGAUCGCUUGCAAGAGAUUUUGUUCAUCCCUUUCCAACUAGUUACUUCCUUGGCACCCUCUCCGUGUCUAUUGGGCUGUGUCUUCCACAGCCUUUUUGGACUCGCUCUUUUAAACCUCUCUCGGUCUUUUCCUUUCUCGCCUUUUUCUCUCGCCCAUUCCCUUCUCUUGCCGUUCACGCCCUUCCCAGUACGCUACCGACCAAUAUGUCGACCGCACGAGUUUUACUUCAACCAACUGUCAUUGACAAUGUGCACUCGAUUCACCACCAUCAACAGUUUCACCAGCAUCACACACAGCAUCAGCCAAGCCUUGAACAAGACGUGCUCGAGACGACACGCCUCGCCCAUAUCGCCCACCACCACUGUCACCAGCAGCAGCAGCAGCAGCAGAAGCAUCAGGCGGUUCUAGCCCCACCUCAGCCAGGACUGAGCAUUCCUACAUUGCCGUCGGAAGACUUGUAUCUCGCAAGCAAACCAGACUUUGUUGAAAGUCUCGUCUGCACAGCCGCAUCUCUCGUGGAAUCCAUUUGGCCUCCCCGUGCGACGGCACACUCAGUAACAGCAAACGCAUCCAACUCACCCAAAUUGGCUCCACUCUCCCGAGUUAUUCAAGAACUCUUGCGGCGCUCCCGCACAUCCUGCUCCACUCUCCAACUCGCCCUAUUUUAUUUAAUUCGUCUACGAAACUCUAUAAUCUCCCGCCGAACCCUUCCGGCUGAUUCACCUUUAAUCCCUCCCGCGACCUCUCCCCUCCGCUGCGGCCGUCGCAUGUUUCUUUCUGCACUCAUCCUCGCCAACAAAUACCUCCAAGAUAAAAAUUACUCCAACAAGGCCUGGGCAAAAAUCUGCGGUUUGACCGCUAGCGAAUUGUGUAAAAACGAGGCGACCUUUCUUGAAGCUGUUGAAUGGAAUCUCUUUGUUGCUAACAAGACGUGGAUCAACUGGUCUCGCGCUGUUCACCGUCGUGCCGCGACUGUCAGGGAACAGUGGAACAAGGAACGUCAAUUGAUGGAAGAGCGAGAAAAGCGAAGCAAGGAGGUUGUUGGUCGGUGGCUGGAGAGUUUGGAAGGGAAAUGCUCGCACAUGGACCAAACAUCAGUGUUGGGGCGAGAUAUCUUUUGCAGGCUCGAUCAUGAAGAAAAGGAUACCCUGCGACCAUCACACACCAACAUCUCUACCACAACGGCAUCAACAAAUGCACCAACAGCCACCUUCUUGCUCACUCCACCUCAAGAAACAUGGACGUGCUCCCCCGUUGCUGUAUCCUUGAAACGUGGCUUGACUCCUGAUUUCCUUCCUAGCCCGGGAGCGGAAGAGGGACAUUUGUCAAAACGGGUUCGAAGAUGAUAGAAAAGGAUAGACACUUGAAGUAGCAUAGGGAAUUGUGUGUACGUGUUGUUAUGCAUCGUAAUAUGAUGAAGCGAAUGUGUGUGGAAUCUGCAACAAAUGAUCGUGUGGAUUGAGCAAUGUGCAAUAUUUGUCCAUGCAGGGGAAAUCGUUCCUGAACUUUUUGUGGCGUCAUGGCGCAAAGUCGGGGUGGACCGUCGAAUCUCUCGCCUUGCGUGUAUCCCACAGGAGUGCACAGAACGUCCAACUGCAAGGUGUACUUUUACAUCACUUGUUCACUGAGAUGGAGGAAAACCUGAUUUCUCAAACUCGUAAUUGUCGUAAAUGGAACACUUCCGAAUAAAGCACCGUAACCCG